CUCACAAAAAUUAACCACAACUUUCUGAUGCUUCAGCAGAACUAUGGCCUUCCUGAAAUUGAUGGUGUUCUCUGCAGUAGCGAUCAUUCUCGCUUCAAGCAAGAAGGGUGAUAAGAAGGGGGGGUUACGCAGUUUAACAGCUCUAGUCGAACAGCAGACAAAGAAGAUCAGUGACAUCACAAGAGAGAUCAACGAAUUGAAAGCCAGAAAGAAUGACGUGAUGGUGGUUAGCGGAGAGGAGGAUCUGAGGGAGGAGCGCUGUGCGAAAGUGUGUGCUGGAACCUCAGUCAGGGGAGCAACCAACUGGGUGGAUACUAGCUCGAAUGGAAUCUACACAGAAGUUGACAUCAGCAAGUGUGGGUUCGUGACAAUUCCAACUGUGACUUCCUCUCUUGAGGGCACCAAGUCUCAUUGGAAAACGACAGGGAGCUCGGAGAUUUACAGGGCGACUACCAGCACAUUUAAGAUGUACCUGUUCGCUCCAGAUGGCAGAGGCGGUGUUGCGAAUGAAAAGGGUUGGAACGUGGAGUGGAUCGCGGUGGGUUAUAUCUGCUGAAGUUUCUACUGGAUCUAAAUCAAAAUGCAUGAGACUUUAUUAGAUUGUUAAACUUAAAGUUAUUACAUCAAAGAAAAAAAAUGAUAAUACAGAUUUAAAGAUAAAAACUUUUAAUCGGCUGAUAAAUAUUAAACCAAGAAAAAAAUUAAUUUUUUAAUAAGAUGAGUAUCUAUAUUAUUGAUUUUAAUGCCUAUGUCAAAUAUUAAUAUUUAAUAAAGGAUGUUCAUAGUUUUUAAUUUUAUUGCACGAA